CGCCCCUAUGUGGGUUGCUUUUUCUAAGCGGUCACGUUGCGUUGCGGCAUUGAAACUGGAGGCUGUCGAAAUCACAGGGCAUCUUUUGAAUCACUCUCCUUAACAGGUCACUUUGAGCCACAGACAUCAUGACGCACCAAUACCCCGCACUCACUACUGAGCAGAAGAAGGAGCUUCAGGACAUCGCUCAGCGUAUCGUAGCUCCUGGGAAGGGCAUCCUCGCUGCAGAUGAGUCCACAGGUAGUAUGGCAAAGCGUCUGAACCCAAUCGGCGUGGAGAACACAGAGGAGAACCGUCGUCUUUAUCGCCAGCUCCUUUUCACCGCUGACGAGCGCAUUGACAACUGCAUUGGUGGCGUUAUCUUCUUCCACGAGACCCUCUAUCAGAACGCUGAUGAUGGCACAUGCUUUGCCGAAUUGAUCAAGGACAGGGGCAUGGUUGUGGGAAUCAAGGUUGACAAAGGUGUCGUCCCUCUGGCAGGAACAAACGGAGAGACCACAACACAGGGGCUCGAUGGCCUGUCAGAACGCUGUGCUCAGUAUAAGAAAGACGGUGCAGACUUUGCCAAGUGGCGCUGUGUGCUGAAGAUCAGUGAGACCACUCCCUCAGAGUUAGCCAUCAUGGAGAACGCUAACGUCCUGGCUCGCUACGCCAGCAUCUGCCAGCAGAAUGGCAUUGUGCCCAUUGUGGAGCCAGAGAUUUUACCUGACGGUGACCAUGACUUGAAGCGUUGCCAGUAUGUUACAGAGAAGGUCCUUGCUGCCUGCUACAAGGCCCUGUCUGACCAUCAUGUCUAUCUGGAGGGAACUCUUCUGAAACCCAACAUGGUGACACCUGGUCACUCCUGCGCCACCAAAUUCAGCAACCAGGAGAUCGCCAUGGCAACAGUGACAGCCUUGCGCCGCACCGUUCCCCCCGCAGUAACAGGUGUGACCUUCCUCUCUGGAGGUCAGAGUGAGGAGGAGGCGUCCAUCAACCUGAACGCCAUCAACACCUGCCCUCUGAAUAAACCCUGGGCCCUCACCUUCUCUUACGGACGUGCCCUGCAGGCCUCUGCCCUGAACGCCUGGCGCGGGUCCAAGGACAACGAGAAGGCCGCCGCAGAGGAGUUCAUCAAGCGUGCUGAGGCUAAUGGAUUGGCUGCUCAGGGCAAGUACGUCUCCAGUGUAACCAGCGGAGCAGCGGGACAGUCCCUUUACGUGGCCAAUCAUUCCUACUGAACAUCAUGCAUCCCAACGUUCCAGCUUCCGCCAGCCAAUAGUAUAAUGCACAGCUGCUACCCUUCCUGUCACCAACCAAUCACAGGCCUGCGCUGUCUUCUGUACUUUAGGGUUGUCAUUGCAAUGUCUUAUAUAUCUAUUUAAAAUGUAUAACAGAAAUGGGAAAAAUAAAUACAAAGAUUAUUUUUGUUUUUGAAGAGUUCUAGGCGUGGUUUCAUGCUAAAAACAAGGAAACAGUAUUAUUAUUUUUGUGGGCCCUUAGCAAAUGUAUGUCAGACUUAUUUUUAUUAUUAUUCCAAUUUAAGUCAUUCCAAUUCAGGCACCAGCCACUCGAGUAGACUUGUCACAUUCCUUUCAGUGCAGUAUGGCCUCACCGGUCCUCAUAAUGAUGCGUGGAUGAUGCGAGUACUGGACUUUAGAUCAUAGAUCAUAUUGAAAAUGAAACUAAGCAAUGUAAAAUUGCUAGUUAACAUUAUUAACUCCAGAAUCAAGAAUAUUAUUUUGUGUUUCCGCAUAUAAUAUUAUUAUAUUUUCUGGGAUGUGUGACUGAUUACGGUUCAAGAAAUUUAAUAUAAAAUACUACUACUAACAAUAUUAGUUUGAAAACAAGGACAGUUAUUUUAGAGUUGUAUUCUGUUGUGUUGUGUGCUUGAGUGUAUCAUGCUUUCACUUUCCUCCCCGUGUUUGUGACAGUGCUACAUGAAUAAUAAACUUGUGUUGGUUCUGGUUGUAAACGGCGGCAGACCAUACUAUGGAGCUUCUGGGACGGGGAGCACUCCCUGCUCUGUUGACAAAAUGUGAUAUUGUGAUUUGAUGUUGUUCUCUGAGCACUUUGACUGUCAGAUAGUAAAAACUAAAAUAAAAAUACUGUAAACCCCCA